AUCACCUUUACUGUUGUUGUUUUCCCCAUAGUUAAUCUAUUUUCCAUUUAUUUUUUCAUUGAUAACAGCAACUACAACAACUGGAACACUAACAACAGUGACUUCAUCGCCUAGAUUGUGUUAUUCAUCUUCGUCGUGUUGUUCUUCUCCCAAUAUUUCAUUUGAUCAAUCUACAAUUGAUGUACAUGUUGAUAAAUUAAAGCAAUCUGAUCAAUAUUCAAUUAAUAUUGAGCAUAAUUCAGAAGCAUUUAAGAAAGCAUUAAACAAACAUAUCCCAACACCUUCAUCAUUAUCAUCGUCAUCAUCUUUAUCACCUUCCUCUUUAUCAUUUACCUCAUUGUUCUCCUCCUCAUCAUCAUCAACGUCAUCUGUAUUAACUAUCGAUUCAUCAAUCAAUCCUUCUACGUCACUGUCAGAUACAUUAUGGUCGAAUUCAAAAUUACCAGUAAUGAAUAAUAUUACAAAUAAUGAUAAAUUGAAACAAUUACAAAUUGAUAUUCAAGAUGAUGAAAAUCAAAAAGAGGUAAAUUCAUUUAUCGUACCCAGUGCAUUAUCACCAUAUUCUCCAAUUCAACCAACACCUCCAUGUUCACCAAAUUUUUCAUCGUCUACAUCUUUAUCACCUUCAUCAACGAUUACACUUCCUCAAAAUGGAUCAAAUAAUUUCAAAAGUCAACACAACCACCACCAACAACAACAACAUCAACAAAAAUCUACUUCAAUCAUGAUACAAUCAUGUUAUGAUAGAGAUGAUCAUUCAGGUGGUUGGAUCAAUAAUCGACCACCGACACCAGAUAUUCGACGUAGUGAAUUAGAUUUAGCUGAUUUAUCCGAUGGUACAAGAGUUUUAGUGAUACAAGAUACAUAUCUACGUGCUGGUACUUUAUAUUUAAGAAAAGACAGUUCUUCAUCCAUCAAUCGAAAUAGUCUUAAUAAUGAUUAUCUACGAGAUCAAGUAUUUCGUAUACAAUUAGAUACUGAGAAAUUUGUCAAUACAACAAAUUCACGUAUUACUAGUCGUAAUUCAUUUACAUCAUCCUCUAAUUAUGUCAACAAUCAAAUUGCAUCCUCUUCAUCAACUUGUCUACCAUCAUCAUCUUCAUCAUCAAGUCAUGAUAAUAAUAAUAAUAAUAAUAACAAUAAUAACAAUUGUAGACAAUUUACUAAAAAUAGAAGACGUCAAAUGGAUUUAUUAUUAUAUGGAUGGCAAGUGGUACAACAAGCAGUUUUAGAAGUAUUUCCUGCCUCGAUAAGACAUGUCCCGCCUGGAACACGUGUCUGUGCUGCAUGGAGUGAACAGCUGGGUGUUAAUCUUUAUCCAGGAACUGUUGUAAAAAUUGAUCCAAAAGAACAACAACAACACCAACAACAUAUCAAUAAUAAUGAUUGUGUUGUUCCAGUUGAUUUCGACGAUGGAGAUCAUCGGCAAGUUCCAUUAACUGAUCUACGUAUAUUACCGGAUUAUUUUACAAAUUUAUGUGAAUUAAUUAAUAUUACUGGUGAAAAUAAUAUCAAUUCUUUAAUUCCUUGUUUUAUCUCUUCAAAUUAUUUAUCACCACAUCAUGACAAUAAUAAUAAUAAUGAUAAUAGUAAUAGUAACAAUAAUAAUAAUCAUGGGAAACAAACUGAAAAAUUUGUCUCACGUACACGUCGUCAUAGUGAUCUGGAUCAUAAUACGCCUAGAUCAUAUCAUCAUCAUCAUUCAUGGUCUCAGUCAACAUCUCCAUUCAUUCAUUUAUGUUCACCGGAAAUGAUCAAAAAUUUUACAUUCAAUUCAAAGUAUUCAUCAUUUUCUGAAAAGAAUUCCAAUAAAUCAACUCAUUCUCAUGAAAGUAAUCGAAGUAGAAAAGAUUCACAAUUAUCAUCAUCAAGUUCAAAUAAAACUAUAGAAUGCACUAUCAAUUCACUGACAUCACCUACGCAUACAUCAUCAACCAGUGGUACUACAUCAAUUAUGUCAUUAAGAUCACCUUCACCGCCAUUAUCAUUACAAACACCUAUAACAAUUGGUAGUUCAAAUGAUUUUUCAAUUGAUAAAUACAAUAGUGAAUGUAAUAAUAAUAAUAAUAGUAAUGAUGAAAAUAAAUCAGAAAAAGAGAUUUCCUUAAACGAUGAUGAUCAUCAUCAUCAACUGUCAGAAGAAUUUAAUGUGGAUAAUGUUUCUGUUUCCAGUACAAUUACAACAACAGAUAGUUCAAAUGAAUGUUUAUCUUGGCAAGUAUAUGAAAAGUUUAAACGUCGAAAACAAGGCUGCACAUAUUGUCGUUCGAUAAUACGUGAUGUAGAUGGUUUAAUUGUUAAAGUUGGCGAUUGUGUACAAUUUGGCUCUGGACGAAAUGAAAUUUAUCUUGGUGAAGUUCGAGAAAUACGUUGGGAACAUAGAAAGAAUUCACUACUUGUUGUUGCUGCAUGGUACUAUCAACCUCUUGAAGCUGGAAAAGAUGGGCAAUUAGUUCAAGAUAUUAAAGGUGCCCUAUUUACAACGGAACAUAAAGAUGAGAACGAAGCCAAAUGUAUCAAGCGACGUAUCAAAGUAGCUAAAUCAUAUAGUCAAUUUAUACAAGGAUAUUAUGAUAAACCUAAAGGACAAGAUACUUUAAAGUCAAACAAAACACAAUUAGACAUAAAUGUGGAAAGACCUACGUCUAGAAACGACAACGGACAGAUUAAUCCUGGACUUUGUGAACCAUCGUCAUCCACAUCCACAUCAACAACAACAGCAACAACAAAUCCCAAUAACAAAUAUUCUUUAAUGGAAAAAAAUGAUGAAAUUAAUUCAGACGACAAUGAUGAUGACGAUGAUGUUGAUGAUGAUCGUGAUAAAACCGAUUGUAAUUUCUAUCAUUAUUUUAUUGCUGGUAAAUAUGAUCCAGUAAGACAACAAGUACUUGCAUGGGAUACAGAAUUAGCUAAAAUAUUUAAUCUUAAAAUACAAAAGAGUCGGUAGGAAAGAAGACAAAUUCUUAUCUACCGAUCUAUCUAAUGUCUCUUAUAUAAUAUAAUAUAACACUACUAUCUCAUAAAAAAAAAACACAAACAUCAGAACACAAUCAGAUUGUAUGGCAUUUUUUUUUCUCUCCAUUCCUUACGUUUGUUUUUUUUUCUUUUUUUUUCUACAAUUCUAUUCAAAUCGCUAAUUGAAUUUUGUUUUUGUUGUUUUUUUCGUUUGUUCGUUUUAAUUUCUCUGCUUUUGUAUGUCACAUAUGCAGUCCAGUCAUCAUCCAUUUUUCACACCGGUGUGAUUAUCGCCUCUUUUUUUGUGAAGUCAAUUAGUCUGGUGAUCGAUCGAUGAUCACCUUCAAGCAUUGUCCGAAUUGUGUGUGUGUGUGUACGUAUUUUUACUGUCGAGUAUACCAACCUCUCUCUCUCACACACUACUCCAAUCGAACAACUUAACAAUGAUCAGUAACAUCUACUCACUCCUAUAUUAACGAUGAUGUUUGAUAUUUUUUUAAUUACUAUAAUCACUGUUACAUAUGGUUUUGUUUUGUGAAUGCCUUCUAUAUAUAUAUACCAUGAUGUGCAAAAACAAACUAUUUGGAUUUAUGGAACACAGUGCUUUGUUUUCUUUUGAAAUGAUACAUAUACACAGAAGGGUAAGAGAAUUGGUCAAAUAGAAUGGCGUACAAGUGAUGAUGACACAAUAAAUAUCAAAUUGCAAAGAAAAUCAUUGCCUUUUUUUACAAGUAGUGUUAUACUAUGGCAUUAUUUUAUCCCUUCAAAGUGAAUAAAUAGAAUUGCGUACGAAUUGAGAAUCUCGCUUUACUAACCAGGCCUUUGUUCCAUUUUUGUUUUUGGUGGUUUUAAACCACCAAUACCUCUUGAUGUUUUGGACUUUUUCGCCUUGAAAUCUCGCCAACUUUCAACACGAUUACUACGACUUUC